AUGCGGCUUUCCGAAAGUGCAACGAUAGCGCUCGGCCUUUUUAGCGCUGCGACGGCAUCAGCCCAUCCUCGACGCUCCUACGAGACGCGCGAUUUCUUUGCUCUUCAUCUUGACGACUCCACUUCCCCAGACGAGAUCGCCCAGCGCCUCGGAGCACGCCACGAGGGCCAAGUAGGGGAACUCACACAACACCAUACCUUCUCUAUACCCAAGGAGAACGGUGCAGACCUCGAUGCGCUCCUCGAACAUGCACGUAUCAGGAAACGGUCAAGUCGUGCCGGAGAAGGACGUGGCAACACAUUGGAUACGAGGGAAAGAGAUUUGAGCGGUAUACUCUGGUCUCAAAAGUUAGCCCCGAAGCAGCGACUAGUAAAAAGGGCUCCUCCAGCAGACGUGGUGUCGAGGGCGUCUGUGAAAGAAGAGGACCCCGUAGCUGCCCAAGCUCAGAAACGGAUAGCCUCUUCACUUGGGAUUGCAGAUCCCAUCUUUGGCGGACAGUGGCAUCUCUACAAUACUGUCCAAGUCGGCCAUGACCUCAAUGUUUCGGACGUCUGGCUAGAAGGUAUCACGGGAAAAGGUGUCAUCACGGCUGUGGUCGAUGACGGGCUAGACAUGUACAGCAAUGACCUCAAACCGAACUACUUUGCUGAGGGCUCCUACGAUUUUAACGACCAUGUACCGGAGCCCAGACCGCGACUUGGUGAUGACAGGCAUGGCACAAGAUGCGCUGGUGAAAUCGGAGCAGCUAGGAACGAUGUUUGUGGAAUAGGCGUUGCAUACGACAGCCAAGUUGCGGGAAUUCGGAUCUUAUCCGCACCCAUUGACGAUGCAGAUGAGGCCGCUGCCAUCAACUUUGGCUUUCAGCGCAAUGAUAUUUAUUCAUGCUCUUGGGGCCCUCCGGAUGAUGGCGCCACGAUGGAGGCGCCAGGGAUUCUUAUCAAACGAGCUAUGGUCAAUGGCAUCCAGAAUGGCCGAGGAGGCAAAGGCUCUAUCUUCGUUUUUGCAGCUGGAAAUGGUGCAGGGUAUGAUGACAACUGCAAUUUCGAUGGUUACACGAACAGCAUUUACAGCAUUACCGUCGGUGCUAUUGAUCGAGAGGGUAAACAUCCCAGCUACUCGGAAUCAUGCUCUGCCCAGUUGGUCGUCGCUUAUAGCAGUGGCUCGAGUGACGCGAUUCAUACCACCGACGUCGGAACUGAUAAAUGCUAUUCACUUCACGGCGGAACUUCUGCCGCAGGUCCGCUAGCUGCGGGUACUAUAGCCCUUGCUCUUAGUGCCCGACCGGAACUUACUUGGCGAGACGCCCAGUACCUGAUGAUAGAGACCGCAGUUCCCGUCCACGAAGACGACGGGAGCUGGCAGACUACCAAGAUGGGGAAGAAGUUUAGCCAUGACUGGGGUUUUGGGAAAGUCGACGCGUAUUCACUGGUCCAGCUGGCCAAGACGUGGGAGCUGGUGAAACCACAGGCGUGGUUCCACUCACCGUGGCUGCGGGUGAAGCAUGAAAUCCCACAAGGUGACCAGGGACUUGCCAGCUCAUACGAAGUUACCAAGGAUAUGAUGUACCAGGCCAAUGUCGAGAAGUUGGAACAUGUCACUGUGACCAUGAAUGUAAAUCACACUCGCCGAGGCGAUAUCAGCGUGGAGUUGCGCAGCCCCGAGGGUAUCGUCAGCCAUCUGAGUACAGCGCGACGGUCAGAUAAUGCAAAGGCUGGCUAUGACGAUUGGACAUUCAUGACUGUGGCCCAUUGGGGUGAGUCCGGUGUUGGAAAGUGGACGGUCAUUGUUAAGGAUACCAAUGUCAAUGAUCAUAGUGGAGAAUUCAUCGAUUGGCGGCUCAACCUCUGGGGACUUUCCAUUGACGGCUCCAGCCAGCCCCUUCAUCCUAUGCCCGAUGAGCACGAUGAUGACCAUUCGAUUGAAGAUGCCAUUGUUGCUACCACUAGCGUUGAUCGUGUCCCAACCAAGACUGAAGACCCAUCUGUCCCAACUGAUCCCGUUGAUCGUCCUGUGAACGCAAAGCCAUCCGCGCAACCAACGACGCCUUCAGAGGCUCCUGCUCAAGAGACAUCUGAACUUCCCACCCCGACGAAACCCGUUUCUACGGAAUCACCUUCUACUACCUCCUCUGCGGAUAGCUUUUUGCCUUCCUUCUUCCCCACGUUCGGUGCGUCUAAACGGACUCAGGCUUGGAUUUACGCUGCGAUCGGUUCGAUCAUUGUGUUCUGUAUUGGACUUGGGGUCUACUUCCAAGUACAGCGACGAAAGCGCCAGCGUAAUGAUCCUCGUGAUGACUACGAUUUCGAAAUGAUAGAAGAUGAGGAUGAAACGCAGGCUAUGAACGGGCGUUCGGGUCGUACACAACGCCGGGGAGGUGAGCUUUACAAUGCCUUCGCUGGGGAAAGUGACGAAGAGCCUUUGUUUAGCGACGAUGAGGAUGAACCUUAUCGGGAUCAUGGCCUCAGUGAGGAGCGCGAACGGCGAGGGAGCACAAGUGGUGACCAUGCUCGGUCAUAUUGCCGCUUCCCUAACGGCAACCCCUCGAUGGAUCAGCACGAUGACUUUGACAAUGUCUCUUGGAGACACGAACCAGAGAGCGAUAUCUCUCGUCCAACCACUUCGGGCACUGAUGCCGAAGAGUCGCCUGCAAUCAGUCACGAUGCCAAUGGCAAACGGAGAAUGAGCUCAGCUCACGAAAACCCACAAGCUGGGCCACUGGCGGAUGCGGUCGACCUAGCAGGUAUCGGAGAUGGGGUGUUGGAAUGUCGGGUGGAUUCACCACUGAAAGAGAACGACGGUACCAAAGACGCAUAUAUCUCUUACUUGGUUACAACACAAACCGAUUUCAAGUCCUUCCAGAGGUCAGAAUUUGCAGUGCGCAGACGCUUUACGGAUUUCUUCUUUUUAUAUAAGACGCUCUAUCGUGAGUAUCCUGCCUGCGCGGUCCCACCUCUACCAGACAAGCAUAAGAUGGAAUACGUGCGAGGGGAUCGGUUCGGACCCGAAUUUACUACACGACGUGCCUGGUCGCUACAUCGAUUCCUAAAACGCUUGGCAUUGCAUCCGGUGCUCCGCCGGGCUCCUUUGCUUGCUAUCUUUUUAGAAUCUCCCGACUGGAAUGCGCAUAUGCGGCUUCACACCUCUCGCACAUCCACCAAUCCGACGGACACCACCGGCACCCCAGGGAUUUUUGACAACUUUACCGAUACUUUCGUAAAUGCGUUUACAAAAGUCCACAAGCCCGAUCGCCGGUUCAUUGAGGUUCGGGAGAAGGCAGAUAAAUUGGAUGAAGACCUCAAUCACGUAGAGAAGAUCGUCGCCAGGGUCGCUCGGCGCGAGUCCGAUUUGGAGACCGACUACAAUGACCUCGCGACGCAAUUCCGCAAACUGGUGUCUCUGGAGCCGAAUGUUGAAGUUCCCCUACAGGUAUUCGCGGCGUCGGUGGAAGAGACGGGACGCGGGCUUAAAGGUCUCAAAGACCACACGGAUCAGAACUACCUUGGCUCCCUCCGGGAUAUGGAGGCCUACAUCGUGUCUCUUAAGGCACUUCUGAAAACCCGUGAGCAGAAGCAACUCGACUUUGAAGCCUUAGUGGACUACCGCAACAAAGCCGUGAGCGAGCGCGAUUCGCUCGCUACCAACCCAUCAUCCUACUAUGCCUCUAACCCCCUGACCUCAUCGCCUGCGUCCUUCAUCCGCUCCAAGAUGGAAGAUAUGCGUGGUGUCGACCAUGAGCAGUCACGCCGGGAGCGGGUCCGGAAAUUAGAGCUGCGCAUCGACGAGCUGACUCGCGAAGUAGAAUCUGCUAAGACCACGUCAGAGAUGUUCGAUGAAGAGGUUGUCCGUGAAGUUGCGGAUUUCGAACGGAUCAAGGCGGCUGAAUUCCGGGACACUCUCGGCGCGCUGGCCGAGAAGCAUAUUGACUUCUACCAAGGAGUGUUGAAUACAUGGGAGAGGUUUGUCGCGGAGAUGGAAGGUGAUUUAGAUGAGAAUCACGAAGCGUCCGCCCCACGGGAGAGUAUUGCAACACGAUGA